AGACUGUACAUCGUGUCAACUAGCGCCCUCUUAAAUCAAUAUAUAUAUAUAUAUAUAUAUAUAUAUGUAUAUAUUUAUUUGUGUGAAAAACACAACCAUUAUUCUUUCUUUAUUAUAUACCACGUUGAGAUCCAGUGUUAAUAAUUUUUAUAUUAUAAAGGAAGACAAUGGGUUUGCCGCAAGUAUAUUUUGAUAUUACCGCAGAUGAUAAGCCUAUUGGACGUAUAAUAAUGGAAUUAAGAUCCGAUGUGGUACCAAAAACAUCAGAAAAUUUUCGUGCUCUUUGUACAGGAGAGAAAGGAUUUGGUUACAAAGGUAGUACCUUUCAUCGUGUAAUUCCAAAAUUUAUGUGCCAAGGAGGUGAUUUUACAAAUCAUGAUGGCACUGGAGGUAAAUCCAUUUAUGGAGAGAAAUUCGAAGAUGAGAAUUUCAAACUUAAACACACUGGACCUGGUAAUCUAUCCAUGGCUAAUUCUGGAGAAAAUACCAAUGGAUCUCAAUUCUUCAUAACAACUACUAAAACUUCUUGGUUGGAUAAAAAACAUGUAGUAUUUGGUUCUGUUAUCAAAGGUAUGGAUGUAGUCAAAAAGAUAGAUAGUAUUGGUACCCAAAACGGCAAGACACUUCAAAAAAUAGUGAUUGCAGAUUGUGGACAGCUAUAAAAAUCUUUUUAUUACAUAUUAAGUCUAUCGGAAAGUUCUGUCCGUUUUUUAAAUAAAACAAAAUAAUACAUUUUUCAUAAUAAACUUUAAUUGAAUGAAAUAAUAACUUGAAUAAAUUUUAUUGAGUGAUAUAAUUGCCAUUAUUUUUUAUAACUUCUUACUAGCGUGAUGACAAUUUGUACAUCUCAUUUUUAAAAAAUGCCUCAUCCCUAGGAGCAAAAAAUUGAACCAGUGUUUGUCUGAUAUCUUCAUCGUUUUUGAAAUUUUUGCCCUGGAAAAAAUUUUCUAAGGACAAAAACAAGUGAUAAUCAGAGGUUACUAGAUUCGGGGAGUAUGGUGAAUGCGAUAGAAUUUCCCACUCUAGCCCUAUGAGUUUCUGACGAGUCUCCAAAACAGUAUACGACCUGGCAUUAACAUAAAGCAAUAUGAUAUCUUUCCUGUUGAACGUCGCCGGUCUCUUUUCUUGGAGUGCUAUUUUUAAAUUAUCCAAUUGCUGACAGUACUUCUCCGAAUUUAGCUUUUCGUUCGGUUUCAACAGCUCAAAAUGUAUUGGUCUUCGAAAUUCGUUUUAGAGAUGGAGGGGGCAGCAGAUUUUCCGGGUUCACAAUAUGUCCUUUCCCUUACGAUAUUUUCCAAAAAGUAAUCCACUUUUCAUCUCCCAGUUAUCAUCCAGUUCAAAAAGGGUUCGAUUUUGUUCCGUGCAAGUAGAGAUGUGCAUAUGAUAUAAUAUCGAUCAUUCAAAUUCUUCUCACUUAACUCAUAUGACACUCAUCUCGAAGAUUUCCAUACCAAUCCUAAUUUCCGAAUAUAGUCUGAAAUGAUUUGUUGAGCUGAAUCAAGCCUUUCCAUAAUCUCCGAUAUUGUCAAAAAAGGAUUUUGCUUUAACAUGAUCUUGACAGUAUCGUCGUCGAUCAAAAAUAGUCGCCCAGAGCUUAUCAGAAAGAUCGAAAUCAAAGCUAUUUCAAAUUUUUUGAACCAUCUUCUGCAUGUUCUAUCAAGAACUGUACCAAAUACUUUCAAUAAAUUUUUAUACGCUUCUGUAGCAUUUCUUCCUCAUUGAAAUUCGUACAAAAUUCAGUGAUGUAAAUGAACUUUAUCAGUAGUCAUGAGUACAUGAUCGCGUCUCACUUACUACUAAUAUGAAUUAUCUUCAUUUUAGUUCAUUCUCUGGGUCAGUAUAUAUUCAGUGAUAAAAAGAGAGAACCAAAUAUGCAUCAAAUGAAUAUAUGCAUAAUUAUUGAAAUUUGUUGUAACUGAUACGAACAGAACUUACCGAUACACCUAAUACAUUUUAAUAAAUAUUUAACAAUAUUUCGAUUUGGACCAUUCAUCCACCAUUUAUGUCAAAUUUAUGUUUAAUAAUAUUCCUUUUUGAUUCUCUUAUUGUCAUAAUAUAAUAGAAAUUAACACCAACAUAUGCGUGAUAAAUGAUACUUCCUUCUGAUAUAUAUCAAUACCUUUCUUUAAUGUUCUUAAUAAUAUAAAAGGUAAAUAAGAUAUAUAUUUACAUUUUCACAUGUACACACACACACACACAUAUAUAUAUAUAUAUUUCUCUUAUAUUUCUAUAUAUGUAACAUGCGUUAAGUAUGAAUUUAAUUAAAAAAUAUACCUAACACGAAAUACAUUUAAAUUCAUGUUAUUCAAUAAUGAUAUAUCGUAAUGUACUAAAUGGAAAUGUUACAAAUAAUUGACUAGCACAUUAACGAACUUAUUCUAUUUAAUACAUAUGUAUCUGAAAUAAUGUUGCCUUUGUAUAGAAAGCCUACGGGCAAGUAAAUGCAUAUUUAAUAAUUAUUGUCAGUGAUUGCAUAUAGGUAAAUUAACGACAAAAAAGAUGUUAAGUUCUACGAUCGAUGCGAAUAUUAAAAAAAUGGCGUAUGUAAUAAGACAUGUUAUACCGAUGCCACGAUUUAAUUUAAAUUUGUUACACGCGAGAGAUACGUAUAGGAUGAAUAAUGUAGAAAAAAGAGAUACAGAACUAUAAACGAGACCCUGCGAAUUAAUUUUAAUGCUAUGUUCCCCUGGUAUGGUUGGUAUUAUGGCGGCUUUCACAAACCAUGGUAAUCCUAAACAAAGUAGAACGUCGAAUACAUUCGAACCUAUCGAAUUACUUAUUCCCAUGGAUCCAAGACCUAAACGAAUAAAAAUUAUUCAUUAUAUUGGCGAUCAUAUAUAUAUAUAUAGAUUAUAAUUAUCUGUUAAUUAUAAUCGUUAAUUACCUUGAUUUGUUACGAUAACGCUAGAUACAGCUUCAGGCACGCUCAUACCAGCCGCGAGGAAAGUCAAUCCCAUGAUCGAGUCAGGAAUAUCGAAUGUAUCACCUUACAAAUUAUAUAUGUAUGUAUACGUGUGUAUAUGUAUUUUUAUUAAUAAAUCUAACAAUCUUAAUUAUCAAA